AAUAAUAAAAAAUCUCGUUUUUUUAUACAUGAUUUCGCUUGCUUCUCUUCUUUUUUCUAGUUGGUCUAGAUACCUUUUCUAAGUUGUUCUUUUUUAAUUGUAGAAACAGAAUGUGAAAGUUGACAAAUAACAUUAAGCCAUGCUCAGUCCUCGUGAUUACGUAGUUUUAUACCAAAAUGUUCGUUCGAAAGAAGCUAAAAAUUAUUAUGUAUCACCUGACGCUUUCAAGUUAGCUACGCGGAGCUUGGUAGAAACAUACAGGAGAAAUGCAUCGGCUUGGAAUGCGAACACAAGUCGUAAUGCUGAUUACAACGAUGCAGCCCAUAGAUGUGCAUAUUUACAUAAAUAUGCUCCCAUACACUCUUGUAUGGUUCAAGAUAUGCUAUGCAGAGCUUUUGAAGAGGGUAGUGACAUUUUCAAGAAAACGUUUUUGGAUAAUGUGUCCUGCAUAAAUAUUUGUAGCCUUGGGGGAGGACCAGGAGUUGAUGCUAUAGGAGUAAUGUCUGCUCUGUGCAAAAAAUUCGGAGUGCUACAAUGUUCUGUUCAAGUUGUAGAUUCUAUGAUUGGAUGGAAAAGUUUGUUUGAUUCCGUCUUAGAGGAAUAUGGAGAUGUCUCAAUAAAUUUCGAUCCGGAUUACUUUCAGCACUCUUUUAUUGCUGCAAACUUGCUAGGAGAAAUGAAGACUUCUGCUGCAGAGGCUAUAAGGUCAGCUAAUUUGAUUACUAUGAUCAAAUUUUUGUCUGGUUCUACUUGUAAGAAUACUGAACAGAUGGUUAGGAGAAUUUUCAAGUUAAUGAAUCAUGGUGCACUUUUACUCUUAAUUGAUAAUGCAAGUGGGGGAUUUGUUGAACUUGUAUCACGUAUUGGUGAAGAAUGUAAACUGCAGCCUGUAUUUGGCCCUCUGAAAGAAGUAUAUUCUAAUAAAGUGUUUAGAUUGAACAGGUGGGGUUCACGUAGUUGUUCUUCAAUUCGAGUUGCUGUAUACUUACUCAGAAAAUGUGAUGGACAGUUUAAAGAUAGAAAUUUUCGGAAUCACCCAUUAAAUCGAUGUAAAGAAAACGAAGACGACGUUUAUGAUAAUUUUGAUGAACAAUGUGAGUAUUGCGGUGAUGAUCGUUUUAACUGUGACUGUUUUAGCCGUUAUGAAGAUAACGAUUAUGAUAACUUUGAUGACCAAUGUGAGUAUUGUGGUGAUGAGCGUUUGAACUGUGACUGUCUUAGCCGUUAUGAUGACAACGAUUACGAUAACUUUGAUGAAAGGUGUGAGGGUUGUGGUGAAGACCGUGAUAACUGCGACUGUUUUAAUUGUUAUGAAGACGAUGAUAACUUUGAUGAAAGAUGUGCAGGUUGCGGUGAAGAUCGUGAUAACUGUGACUGUUUUAAUUGUUAUGAAGACGAUGAUAACUUUGAUGAAAGAUGUGCAGGUUGCGGUGAAGAUCGUGAUAAUUGUGACUGUUUUAAUUGUUAUGAAGACGAUAAUAACUUUGAUGAAAGAUGUGCAGGUUGCGGUGAAGACCGUGAUAACUGUGGCUGUUUUAAUUGUUAUGAAGACAAUGAUAACUUUGAUGAAAGAUGUGCAGGUUGCGGUGAAGACCGUGAUAACUGUGACUGUUUUAAUUGUUAUGAAGACGAUGAUAACUUUGAUGAAAGAUGCGCAGGCUGCGGUGAAGACCGCAGUAACUGUGACUGUUUUACUCGUUAUGAAGACGAUGAUAACUUUGAUGAAAGAUGUGCAGGUUGCGGUGAAGACCGCAGUAACUGUGACUGUUUUAAUUGUUAUGAAGACGCUGAUAACUUUGAUGAAAGAUGUGCAGAUUGCGGUGAAGACCGUGAUAACUGUGACUGUUUUAAUUGUCAUGAAGACGAUGAUAACUUUGAUGAAAGAUGUGCAGGCUGCGGUGAAGACCGCUGUGACUGUGACUGUUUUAAUAGUUAUAGAGACGAUGAUAACUUUGAUGAAAGAUGUGGAGGUUGUGGUGAAGACCGUGAUAACUGUGACUGUUUUAAUCGUUAUGAAGACGAUGAUAACUUUGAUGAAAGAUGUGCAGGUUGCGGUGAAGACCGUAAUAACUGUGACUGUUUUAAUUGUUAUGAAGACGAUGAUAACUUUGAUGAAAGAUGUGCAGGUUGCGGUGAAGACAGCAGUAACUGUGACUGUUUUAAUCGUUAUGAAGACGAUGAAAACUUUGAUGAAAGAUGUGAAUUUUGCGGUGAAGAACGUUAUAAUUGUGAUUGUUUUAACUGUUAUUAAGACAAAGAUGAUUUUUUCAAUGAACAUGCGAGAGUUGUGGUGCAGACCGUCGCAACUGUGACGGUUUUAACUUUUC